ACUACAAGUAGAUUAAGAUUAGUAGUAGGAGUAGUUUGCAGCGGAGUACUUAACUAAGGAGUAGUACGUACGUAGGCGCACGCAGCGCUCUGCAUUUUCCUAUCGUCCUUUACGUCUGCUUAACGAUCAUCCGGUGACGAGACGAGACGAGGCCAACUCCAUCGAUACGGGCUCUGCGCCGCGCGUCAGCUCAGCUCUCGGCGACUGGUAAUGCCUCUGCGUGGGCGGGCGCGCAGCCUCCUGCUUCUCGUCCUCGCGCUGUGGUGCUCCGCGCUCCGGUGCGCCGCGCCGGACCUCGCGGCGGACCGCGCGGCGCUGCUCGCGCUCCGGGCCGCGGUCGGCCCGGGGCUCCCGUGGGACGCGUCGGCCGGGGUCUCGCCGUGCGGGUGGCGCGGCGUAGGGUGUGACAACGGCACCGGAGGUGGCCGCGUCGUCGCGCUGCAGCUCCCCGGCGCCGGCCUGAUCGGUCAGCUGCCGUCGGGGACCCUGGGCAAUCUCACCGCGCUCAGGGCGCUGUCGCUCCGCUCCAACGCGCUCUCCGGCGGGAUCCCCACGGACAUCGGCAGCUGCGCGGAGCUCCGGUAUCUCUACCUCCAGGGUAACCAGCUCGCCGGCGAGAUACCGGAGGGGUUCUUCUCGCUCGGCUUGCUGCAGCGGCUCGUCCUUUCGAAUAAUCAAUUCACUGGCCGUGUGUCGCCGGAGUUCAACAAGCUCCCCCGGCUGGCCACUCUGUACUUGGAGAACAACAGAUUUAAUGGCACCCUCCCUGCGGACCUCGACCUCCCUAAUCUUCAGCUAUUCAACGUGUCCAACAACCAGCUCGACGGCCCUGUGCCAGCGUCGCUCGCCGGAAGACCGGCCGGCGCCUUUAGUGGGACAGCGCUAUGCGGCGGCCCUCUAAGCCCGUGCGCGAACACUUCGCCGCCGCCACCACCGCCGUCGCCACUGCCAUUGAAUCCCCCGGCCUCUCCUGAGGACAGCAAGAGCAGCAAGCUCUCCACUGCCGCGAUCGCCGGUAUUGCUGCGGGCGCCGUCGCGGCGCUCUUGGUGGUGCUCGCCGUGAUCUUCUUCCUGUUCUGUUUCCGUCGUCGCAUGACAAAUAAGGCCGACACAUCCACCGAGACGGCGGCCUACGGCGACGAGGACGCGUCACCGGAGACGGUGUCUGUGGCGAGGGCGGAGAAGAGCGGCGUGUCGCGCUCCUCGAAGCCGACGGCCAGCGACGCCAAGAAGCUGGUGUUCGUGGGAGGUGAGCCGGAGGUGGCCUACGAACUGGAAUCGCUGCUGCACGCGUCGGCCGAGGUGCUCGGGAAGGGCUGGUUGGGCACGACGUACCGCGCCACGCUCGAGGGCGGCGUCGCCGUGGUGACCGUCAAGAGGCUGAGGGAGGUGCCCAUCCCGGAGAAGGAGUUCCGCGGCACGGUGGCCGCGCUCGGCGCGCUCCGCCACGACAACCUGGUGCCGCUGCGCUCCUACUUCUACAGCAAGGAGGAGAAGCUCAUCGUCUACGACUUCGUGAGCGCCAAGGGCCUCUCCUCCCUCCUCCACGGCGCGGGCAGCGAGCGCCUCGACUUCACGGCGCGGGCGCGCAUUGCGCUGGCGUCGGCGCGCGGCAUCGCCUGCAUCCACGGCGCCGGCGCCGGCUCGUCCCACGGCAACAUCAAGUCGUCCAACAUCCUCGUGAACGACGCGCGCGACGGCGCCUACGUGGCCGACUACGGGCUCGUCCAGCUCGUGGGCGCCAGCGUGCCGCUGAAGCGCGUGACGGGGUACCGCGCCCCGGAGGUGACGGACCCGCGCAGGGCGUCGCAGGAGGCGGACGUGUACAGCUUCGGCGUGCUGCUCCUGGAGCUGCUCACCGGGAAGGCCCCCGCGAACUCGGUGCCGGGGAGCGACGGCGCCGCGGACCUGCCGCAGUGGGUGGGCACGGUGGUGCAGGAGGAGUGGACGGGCGAGGUGUUCGACGCCGGCAUCGCCAACGAGGCGCUUGUGGAGGAGGAGAUGGUGCGGCUGCUGCAGCUGGGCACGGAGUGCACCGAGCGGCGGCCCGACCGGCGGCCCGCGAUGGCAGACGUCGCCGCCAGGAUAGAGGACAUCGUCGGCAGCGCGCAGCGGAAGACGGACUCGGCCGAGUUCCACAGCGUGGACGCCGACCAUUCCGCGUAGUGUCCAUUUCCGUAGCUGUUUUUCAUUCAGCUCCGAACUGCAAAUUGUGCAAAACUAUACCAGCAUUCCUCAACAUGUUCAUACUUCAUAGAGUCUGUUUACUUCGUUGUUUUCCUGCGAAUUCUCUGGUGAAUUCAAGUACAACAUACAAUAAUUUGUUCAUCGUUUA